AUGUAUACAGUAUUCCCGUCAAUCCUCCCUUCCUACUUAAGACCUUCACCUUCCCCUUGCCUUACACCAGUGCUUUGAUACGCGUCUACUUUCGACACUGUCUUGCUUCUUGCCCCGGAACCGCCUCUAUCCUUUAAGGAUUCGACCCGCAGUUGUGCUGUCUUAUAACCCUUCAAGAGGAGACGUCCGUCUUCCUGGAACAGUCUUCGUCAACGGAAGCCCUCUUCAAGUCCCGCCUGGUCUGUGACUAAUUCUCCGUCACUAUGGGUAUUGAGCCUCUGCUUGAUGUCGUCGGGGCCCCCUCUAUGGCACCGACCAUCUCGAGGGGCAAUCUCUCCUUGGCGGUUUUGGCCCAGCAACAGCUUCAACCACAGACCCCUCCAGGUUCAGUCUCCGGGAGCCCUAGAAUGAAUAUUGAGGGCCUGUGUUCAGGCUCUCCACAGGAAUCCACUUCACUUCCCGGUAUCCUUCACCUCAACUCGCUUGGCUGCAGCCCACACGUCAGACUUCCCAGUUUGGGGGAGUUUGACCAAGGCGUCGAGGCGCUGGCCCGAACUCAUGGGCCUGCCAACUCCUGGACUCUACCCAGCAUCACUCGAAGCCCCUCAGUCCUCCAGCCAGUCACCCCAUCUCGACCUUCAUGGCCACUCAGAGACCGUAGCUUUGAGGAUCCCGCCGCCGACUUCUUCGUCUCAAGAAGAGGAACGAUUGCCAGUUUGAGCCAGUACGCGCUCGCCGCUGACCAGCUCCGGCAACCACUUCCAAGCUACAUGGCCCUAGAUAACUACCAUGGCUACUCCAUGAACAGCCCAGACAUGGACUGCUAUCCCAGCCCACCCCCAGAAUACGAGAACCGACACAUCAACCAGAAGUACACAACCGAAGAGGGCGACUUCAUCAUCUAUGCGUGGCACGACAAGAAGAUGAAGUGGCAGCGGAUCAAGCAGGAAUUUGCCGUGCGCUUCGGCUGCACGCCUGAGCGUACCGUCCAAGGACUCCAGGCCUGGUACUACCGCAUGAACCAACGCAUCCCCAUCUGGGACCAGGAAGGCUGGCUGUGUUUUGACAACGAAGAUGAGCUCGAGCCCCAGCAUGUCAGCAUCAAGUGCCGUGAGCGCGACAGCCAGGACAAACCAAUGGAGCCCCUUGGUCUCGCCCAGCGCUACCCCGAGCGUGCUGUCAACUACUCAUGGGUUGACCCGGAGCUGAAGCACAAGGCCCGCGACUGGGCUGCGAAACGUGCCAUGCAAUACCGCGAGCGACGAGAUCGGAGACACAGAAAAGAGCAACGCCGGAUGAAGCUCUAGACAAAGAGCGCAUGAAAGCUGAAGGCGGUGUCCGACAGUGGCAUUGGCCCUUCCCCCGAGACAAAGGAUUCGAGUCGUUUGCUACCAACCAAUCACCCGAUACGACCGGACGUAAGCUCCGACGAUACGAACAUUUAUGUAUUCAUGUACUAUUACCCCAUUUCCUUUGUCCCCAUUUAUGACUACCAUUUGACAAGAGACGGAGAGAAGGCAGAAUAAGGAGAGGACGAGUCCCGGAGAUGUUAGGUAUG